UUCGUGUGUGCAAUCAUUAAAAGCGCGUAAAUUUCUCGAUAAAUCAUAGUUAUUUUAAUAAAUACAAUUUAAAUAAAUAUAUUUCAAUGAAAUAUAUAACCGAGAGUGUGCGGAACACAUAAAAAUGCAUGUGUAUUACAAGAAAAUCGCUGCGAAAUAGCCAAAUCAUUGCUACAACGCGACGGUUCUGCAAAAAAACACGAAGAAAUCCAAUCGACGAAUGGCCGUUUUCGCUCUGGUCUUUUUUAAAAAAUAGUGCCACAGCGCACAAUAGCGAUGCAAGCAAAGGUGGCAAGAAGAAUUAAAAGAAAAUAUCGAGCAGAAAUUCAUAUAUUUUAUGUCAAAAACAAGUGAAAAAUAGCAACAAAAAGCUUUGGGCCCCAACACAAUUUAUGCAACUCGAAACACACAUCCAACCGCACACACACAAAUCAUGUGUGGCAGUAGUGCAGCAGCAGUCAGUAGUGAAUUGUGUGGUGUGGUGGUAGUGUAGAUGAUGAUGAUGUAGAAAGAAAAAAAAUUGUUAAUAGUUUGAGAAGCCCCCUGAAAUACAAAAAAUAAUUCACAAAAUACCAAAGAGAUAGUCGUAGUGGUGGUGGUAUAUUUGUAACCAGAAAAAAGAAAAUAAAACAAAAAAGAAACGUGAAAAUAGCUGCUGCUACUAUUGUGUAAAUGUGGUGUUCUAUAAAGAAAUCAAAAAUCAACAGCAAAAAGUGAAAAAUUCAUUGCAUGUUGCCCAAAAAAUGUGUGUACAUCUAAAAACGACGACUGGAAUUAAAUUGGAAAUAUUUUUAAUUUAGAAAUGUGAAAAUUGCGAAAGGAAACAAGAGAAUCUACUACCCGAGAAGAGAGGAUAACGCGUGUAAAAGGAAAUCCAAGAUAAAAGUAUAAGAAAAACACAUAAUUCAUAAGAAAAGUCAAUAAUAAGAAAAAUAGUAUAUUAAAUCGUCGACAACGACGACGAGCUACUAAUAAGAGAAAGAAGAAGAAGAGAUAUUCACAGACACACAUUUACUUGUACAAAACGAAUGUGAAAGAGAAAGAAUAGCGCGCAAUCGGCGGUUAACGUACCCCAUCGUCGACAACGACAUCACAUAGCAGUACGAAUGAAAAAAUAGUAGUGGAAAGCAAGAAAAUAAAAAACAAAAAAAAAAGAAAUACGAAAUAAGAAUACAAAAAAAGUAGCAGAGCGAGCUCUGCACAACGGCGACGAUGACAACAAUUUGCUAUGUGUGUGAGAGAGCAAGUGAGAUACAGUGAUAGAAUGUGAAGUGAUGGUACGCUACAAAUACGGCGAGUGUGAGUGCAUGUGCGCUGGUGUGUGCUUAUAACAACAACACCAACAAUAAAAAAGCAAAAGAAGAAUAAAAAAGAUGCGAGUUUAUUUGUGUGUUCUUCUACUCUCCAUAAACGAACAAAUAAAUAAGAAAAUGUGUGGUGAUGUGGGCAUUAAAAAACAAAAAGGAAUAAACAGCAUAGUGCUAAAUAAAGAAAACAAAAAAGAAAAGCUAUAAAUUAAAACAACUACAAAUGCUAAAAUUAAUAUAUAGUAGUAAAGAAGCAAAUAAUAAAUAACAAAGAGCAUUGCACACACAACACUACCAAAUUCAUGCAAUAAAUAGUAACAGCAACAACAAAACAUUACAAAAAAAAACGAGAAGAAUGUAAGAAGUAAAAUAAAGUAAAGAAAGAAAUUCUCAAAUUCAUAAAAGAAAUCAAACAAAUCAAUCCGACCGACACACACACAAAAUGGAUACAACAAAUACUGCGGCUACGGCGUCUGCCGCCGAUGUAGCAGCAACAACAAAAGCAAAACAAUUGGAUUUUAAAAUACUGGUGGAUCAAACACUUAAUUCAUUGAAUGGCUUUGAUCCUGUAUCCCGUUGUGAUGCUCUUCAUUAUCUGCUACAAAAUCUAAAAUUUAAAUAUUCCGAAACCUGCGAAAAAGUUGUGCCCAGCGUCUUUGCAUAUCUUUUAGAUCGUGACUAUGCGAGUACUACCAAAGGAGUCUCGAAGAAACAAUUACAACUGUUGCUAGCCACCAAAAAGGAGGAUAUCAAGAACGAGGAUGAGAAUGCCUCGUCGACAGAUUUAAAUCAGAAUUUUGAAAAAAUCCUAUGUAAAGAGGAAUUUAUGUGCCUGGAUGAAGACGACGGUGAUUAUGCCGAUGAUGCGGAUAACGAAAAUUCAAAUUUCCACAAUAAAAGAAUACGGCGUUAUCCCCAAGGAGCAGCAGCAGCCGCAUUAGCAUCUGGCGGAGUUGUUAAUUCUCUGAAAGCGAAUAGUAGAGAUCCUUUGGAUUUGAUACCCUCUUCCGUAAUACACGCCCGACGUCUUGGUCGCAUAGCCACAACAGCGGAUGGUGAUGAAAGUAAUAGUUUAGAUGCCCUUGUCCCCACAGAUAGCCUCAAGAGAACACGAAGACGAGCAGGCUUUGCCUACGGUGGUAAAAGCAGUCUUGGUAAAUUGCAUCAGUCGCGUUUGUUGUUUGAAAAACUACAACGUGUCUCCCAUUUGGGUGAAGGUUAUGUCUUCCAUCCGGACAAUGAGUUUACAAUUCAUUUCCAUUGGAGAUCGGAAGAACUGAGUAUACGUGUGUUCCAAGAACAAUUUCGUUUACAUCUAAAGAUAGCCCUGAAAGAACGUAACAAAGAAUUCCUGCGACAGUUUCAACAAGACUUCGUAUUCACGGGACGUCUAUUGGGCACGACACCACCAAAACAUGUACUGGAGUCGUUGCGCCUAGAGCACGAAGAGGAGUGGCGUCAACAGAAAAUACGAAAACAACAACAGCAACAACAACAAAUGUUGCUUAUGCAACAGAGGAGACGUAUUCUAGCAGCGUCCAGCAGUGCGGUGGGCAAUGCUUACGAUUCUGAAAUGGAUUUCGAGCUAGAAUCAGAAUCUCAGUUAUCCUCAGCUUCCCAAGAAAUAAUGAAAUUCGAAGAGAUCAUUGAUGAGGGCAUGGGACCGGGACGGCUGAUUGAUGGUUUGGUUAUGGAACCCGAAAUCGAAGAUGUUAUUGAACGUAGCGGCAGUGGAGCCAGUGUUAGUGUAAGCGGUGGCAGUAGUAAUAGCGGUAAUGGUAUGGAUACCCUGCCCAAUGAUAUGGUAACAACAGAUAGUGCUUCCACCUUGACAUCACCGUUUAUUGGUGGAAGUGGGGUUGGAAGUAUUGGCGGGGGUGUGGGUAAUGAUAUCGGUGCAACAAAUUUCAAAAAUCACCUAUCCCAGCAGCAGCAACAACAACCAAAUUCCAACACCGGAAAUCUUCUUAUGAAUGGUCUUACACCUACGGCGGGUAAUAUCCCACAAAAUAACCUUAUCCCCAAUAAUUUAAAUCAACAACAGUCACAUGGCAUGGCCAUGGGACCGGGUAAUCAUAAUAUGAUGCCCAAGGAUCAACAGCAACAAAUCUAUCAUCAUCAACAGCAGCAGCAGCAUGUGAUGCAUAAUCAACAAUUGUCGGAAGAUGGUAUGAAAGUGGGUGCUCCAAAUAUGGCACAAAUGCCAGGGGGAAAGCCACCACAACAACCACACCAACUGCAACAACAGCAGCAACACAAUAUUGCCAAUCUUAUGAAUAACAAUUUGGGUCAACAACAGCAACAACAACAGCAUUUCCAAGGAGGUCAUCAACAGCAAACCCCGCAACAGCGUUAUCUAAUGCAACAGCAGCAGCAACAACAACAGCAAAUGCAUCAACAAGCUGGGCCUUACAAUUCACAGCAGCAUAUGCCGGCCCAAAAUCAUCCAUUGGCAAUGAUGGGUGGUAUGAUGGAGUCCGCCAAUCAACAACACCAACAAAUGCAACAACAACGCAUGCAAAUUAAUGCCACCAAUAAUGCCAUCAAUAGCAUAGAUAAUAUAUUGGGUGUUGGCGGUGCCGGAGGUGGUGGUGGUGGUUCGGCAGGUGUUGGUGUUGGUCCCAAACCACCAACCACUCCAGACAAUUUGCAAUAUAUGCAACAGCAGCAGCAACAAACGCAACAGAUGCCUCCUCAUAUGCAAACUAUGCCAACACACAUGAUGAUGCAACAACAACAACAGCAACCCGAUCAUACUUCAUUUUUGACAGGCUCCGGUUCCAUGGCCUCAACUAAUUCACAGAGUGGUGGUAUAUUAGCCAAUCCUCAUACCCCCACGGGUAAUAAUUCAUCGGCCAAUGCAUCAUUUGAUCAUGAUGAUCCAGAUAUGUCACACGAUGAAGAUGAUGAGGAUCAUGAAAAUGAUACAAAUGAUGGCAUGGAACCGAAGCAGCAGCUCAUUGAUGGUGGCAGCAGUAGUAGUACCUCAUUGCAGGCAACGCCCGGCGGUACAAAUGCUUCCGGUGGCGGCUCGAAAAAGGAGAAGCCCAUCUACAAUUGUUUGUUGUGUCCCAAGUCAUAUCGCAAACGAAAAUCUCUACUGGAUCACUAUAAAAUACAUCCAGGAUAUUGUCAUGAUUGUGGCAAAGCCAAUGGUACUUCUUUGGAGGAAAUUAUCCAUCAUAAUCGCACGGUACAUGCCAAGGACUUUCCAUUUGUCUGUGAGACUUGUGGUGAAUCUUAUUCAAGGCGUCAACAAUUCCAUGCCCAUGUUGAAUCUCACAAUAAGAAGGAAUUCAAAACUUACUCUUGUAUUGAAUGCGGUCAAAAGUUCUCUCACAAAAAACUACAUCAACAACAUUUAGAUGAUACGGGCCACAAGGCUGAUGGUGCUAUUUGCGAAGUGUGCGGCGAUGAAUUUCCCUCGAAGAAUGCUCUGUAUCAACAUAUCGUUCGUGUUCAUAAAAAGGAUAAUUUGUUUGAGUGCCACAUAUGUCAAAAUCGUUUUACGCUAAAAGCCAAUCUAGAACGUCAUGUCCAGUUACAUACUGAGAUUAAAAGGACAUAUGUCUGUGAUAUUUGCAACUCUUCGUAUUUUACAUAUCCAGCUUUAAAAGAUCAUUACAGCAACGCUCAUACAGAUUCCUCCGAAUGCAAAUGUCCAUUGUGUGGAAAACGUUUUGGUUCAGUUAAAUCGUUGCAACGUCAUUUACCAUCACAUUCGGAAGAGCGACCACAUAGUUGCUGUUAUUGUGAACAGACAUUUAAAUGGAAAACUCAUCUUGUACGCCACAAACAAACCGUGCAUGGUAACCAGCCGUCCCCCAAAAAGGUUAAACGGUUCGCAAAGGAAGGUGAUGAAUUAGUUCCAAUGUCUGAUGUUCCCGGCCCGCCACCGGCUAAAGUUGCCAAGAAAUCGAAUGCUAGUAAACCAAAACAACAGGCACAACAACAAACGGUUCAACAACAGCAACAACAACAAAAAAUGGGGGCUGUUGCCACACCACCACCUCUAUCAACAACACCCGGAACUUCGUCAUCCUCACAACAAGAUCCCUUCAAUGCUGCCAUCAUAAGUAACAAUAGUUCACAAUCGUCAACUGCUUCGACAUCACAGCAUUCAUUGCAGUCUAGCGAAUCUCAACCGAAUUCCAUGUACAGUCAAAACUUUAGUGCUGAAAAGCUGUUGGGUCAGCAGCAGCAACAGCAACCACAUCCAACAUCACAGGGACCACAAACGGCACUGGCACCACAACAGCAACAACAACAACAGCAGCAAGCACAGCCCAUGUUAACCCCACACAGUCAGCAUCCGCAUCCGCAACAACAGCAAAGACCAACACCACCUCCGCACCAGCAACAACAGCAUCAUCGUCACACACCUAAUAAUAGUCACACGCCGGACAAUAACUUGCCCCGUAUUAAUAGUUUUGGUGGCGGUGGGCCCACACAACCGGAGACACAAUUUCAUUUCGAUCAAAGUGCCGCUGGCGGCCCAACAUCAACCAUCACUAAUCCUGGUGCUUAUCCACAACAUCAAAUCAUUAAUCAAUACCAACAGCAACAUCAUCAACAACAAAUGCAAACUACUCAACAGCCACCACCACCGCCGCAACAGCAACAACAACAACAGCAGGCACAUAUGCGCAGUCAUACACCCCAGAGUCCACAUCCCCACAGUCAUGUUCCGCAACAGCACCCGCACUUUUCGUCGCCACAUCAGCAACAUUUGCAGAGUGCCGCCCAACAGCAGCAGCAACAUCAACAACAAAUGCAUCACCACCAACACAUGAUGCAACAACAAUUGCAGCAUCAACAAGCCACCGCUCACCAGAGACACAAUCAACAAAGAUCGCCUCAUCCCCAUCAAACACCAGCACAACAGCUGCAACAGCAGCAUCAGCAACCAAUGCAUUCGCCACAACAUACACGUUUGCAAUCGCCUCAGGCUCAUACGCCGCAGCCACAGGCCACACCACAACAACAACAGCCAGGUGUUGCCGUCAAUCAUCAGCAACAACAGCAGCAGCAAUACACCACAGAUGCCUGGGGUAACAUCAACUUUGUUGGACAUGGAGCAAGUGGUGCUGGCGCACAUCCCCAACAACAACAGCAGCAGCAGCAACAACAACAGCAACAGACGAAUGCAAGCAAUCUAUCAGCAUCCGAUAAAGAUAAUCCAAAUAAGUUUUACAUCGUCGAUUCUUCCGAAUUCAUGGGUCUUCCAAUUAACGUUUCUGGCAGCAGUACACCGGGUGCAGAAACAAAUCAGUUGAGCAGCGCUCAACAGCCACAGUCACCAAUGGUGGCAAACAAAACGCCUCAGCAGCAACACCAGGAACAGGAUUUGAUGAGUUUUCAGAACAUGUGGCCCCAGGCGAACCAGACACCCAACCAAAUGGCCUACAGUGCCAAUGGUGGCCAACAACAGACCACCGCCCAGCAACAACAGCAGGUUCAGCAACAACAAACUCAGCAGCCUCAAGCUCAACAGGCUCAACAACAAGCCGCUGCUAGUCAGCAGGCAGCUGGCGGUGUUGCCAAUGUUGGUGGUACAACCGAUCCCCAUAGCUAUAACAAUAUUGGCAGUAUUUUGACGAAUCUCAUUGACAACAAUCCCAAUCCAAUGGAAUACAAUUUCGAAUUAAUGCAGCAAGGAUCGGUGCCUGUGGCAGGUGGUACAACAGCUACAUCGGCAGCAGCUGCUGCGGCGGCAGCGCAAAGCCAACAGCAGCAACAAAGUGCUUUGGGUGUGCAUCAUCAACAACAGCAGCAGCAACAUCAAGCGGCCAGUGCUGCAUCAGCGUAUGGCUUGCAGCCUACUGCCGGAGCUAGUGGCUUGAUACGCCACGCUGGGGUAUAUGGAGCACCAGGCUCGCUCUAUGAUCCCCACCAUCAUGCAGCUGCCCAUCAUGCCUCCAGUUUGGCUGACAUGGGUGAACAGCAAAAGAAUAGCUUUCAACCAUAUCAUCCACAUGCGUUACAAACGCAUGCUCACGCCUUGGGUGGGCAUCCUUUGGCACCCACCGCCCAUCAUCCUCUAGCUGCUGCAUCCCACCUAUUGCCACCACCACCUCCGCAUGCCAGCCAUCCACAUGUAUACGAUCGCGGUGGCUAUUCAGUUCUGGGCGGUGAUGAUGGUAAGGCCGUACUGCCUCCAAUAAGCGAUUAUAUGCAUCACAUGCAACAGCAACAUGUACAGCAGCCCGAUUUAUUGUACUAUUCUGUGAAAAAUGACUGACAUUUAAAAUAGGUCAUGCCCAGCGGUGGGGCUGGAGGCGGCGGCGGAAAUUCGAGUAGUAGCGGUAGUAAUAAUACCAGUACGACAAGAACAGCAGCACAAGUCUAUCAUCAGGGACUUGCAGCGGCAGCAGCACACCACCACCACCAUCAUUAUCAGCAUGCACAAACACCUCCCCAGUAUCCAUAUCACCACCAUCAUCACCAUCACAUGCAGCAACAGUAUCACCACCAUCAGCGUGCUAAAACAGCGGGAACGCAUCCUACCCAUCAUCAUCCGGGCCAUGCGGGAGCGGCCCAUUCGCAAAGUGAUUUGCUGCAUUGGUGGCCACCACCUCCACCGGCAAUGACACCAUCACAACCAUCAACAACAGCAUCUGUAACAGCCAGCAAUUCGGCAACUUCAUCAAACCCA